UAUGAGCUCCAGUAUCACCUCAGAGACAUUAGUGCGGAAGUUGAGCCACUCCACUCUGCGAAAUCUCUCUGACUUUCUGGACCCACAAGACGCGUGGAAAAGUGUCCUUGUAGACAUACACAAAGACACAGGAGAGCCGAGGUACACCCAGUUACACCUCAGGAGAUUUGAGAGGUUGGUGACCCAAGGUAAAAGUCCUACAGUGGAGUUGUUGUAUGAUUGGGGUACCACAAACUGCACAGUCGGGGAACUGGUGGAAAUUCUGAUCAGACACAAACUUCUUGCACCUGCCAGAGUACUACUGCCAGAUAUAACUGCAGCACCUGUUGCCACACAUUGGAGAGCAGUCGAGGAUCCACCCACUGAAUAUCACCGGGAGCAGACUCAGCUUUGUGCAGUAAAAUUGGACAAAGCACAGCUAAAAGAAGAAACGCCUAGCACGUUGCCUGACAGCACAACAAGACCGGAGGAGAGUGAAGAGCCUGAUGAAGAAGGUUUCUACUCCUUCACAUAUCGUGAGCUGACACGAAUCACAGGCAACUGGGAUGAACGGCCAGCUUCAUUGGGAGGCAGCAGACUGGGGGAGGGUGGCUUCGGAAUCGUUUUCAAGGGUCUGCACAACAUCAAGCCUGUGGCAGUAAAGAAAUUGAAUUUGGUAGAUGACCUGUCUCCUGAGGAGCUCAGGUCUCAGUUCAAUCAAGAGAUUCAAACACUAAAGAUGUUAAAACAUGUGAAUCUGGUGAAUAUGGUCGGUUAUUCCUGUGACGGCCAGUAUCCAUGUUUAGUCUAUGCUUACAUGUCUAAUGGUUCGUUAUUGGAUCGACUAGCAUGUUUGGACGGAAGCAGUCCUUUGUCCUGGCAAGUGAGGUGUGCUAUAGCACUUGGAACAGCCAGAGGCCUCGAGUACCUUCACAACAACAACCACAUACAUAGAGAUGUGAAAAGUGGGAAUAUCUUGUUGGAUGAAUCGUUCGUCCCCAAGAUUUCAGAUUUUGGUUUAACGCGAGCAUCGGCUAAGCUUUCAUGCACGACGGUGAUUACCGAGAGAAUUGUGGGUACGACGGCUUACAUGGCACCAGAGGCCCUGAGAGGAGAGAUCACCCCAAAAUCAGACGUCUUCAGCUUCGGAGUGGUGCUGCUGGAAAUUCUGUCUGGACUCCCUCCUGUCGAUGAAAACCGGGAUCCAAAACUUCUGAUGGAGAUGAAGGAUGAGAUCGAGGACGAGGAGAUCACACUAGAGGAGUUUAUAGAUAAGAAAAUCCUGGAUUUGGAUAUGGAGUCUGUGGAAAGGAUGUACAACGUGGCCAGCCAGUGCCUGAAUGAAAGAAAGAACAGGAGGCCACUGAUGAACGAGGUGAUUGCUGAGCUGGAGGGAUCUUAAAUCUUGAUCACCUAGACCCAACACAGAGCAAUGAGAGACUGAACUCUGAAAUGUUAUGUAAAUAUUUGUACUUUAUGGCCUUAUUAAAGAAAUUCAAACUAA